CCUCGUCCCCCGCCAUUCCUUCCCCAUUUCCCCAAGCUUUUCCAACACUCGAACACCAUAAAAAUUCUUAAAAAUUAGCGUAUUUUAUUCAUGGAUUCUUCCAAGAAACCCUAGUAAUAAAUCCAGAUUAAACGACAAAACCAGGAUCAAGGGUUCUAGCUCAAAACCCAGAUUAAGAAUGGCUGCAUUUUCAGUGUCCAGGUACUUCAUGGCUUUUUUUCUACUCAAUUUUUUCUUGAAAGUUCAAGCUGAAGACCCACAAAAUAUAUCAUUUUCUUUUAAGAAUUUUGGUAUAGAUUCAAAUUUUACGUCGCAGAUUGCUCUAUAUGGUGGUGCCAUGGUUGUAAAAGAAAGUAUUUCAAUUCAAAUCACUAGUUCAAUGGUUUCUGGUGUUGUGUACAAGAAGCCCAUUGAGGUUGUUGAAGGACAAACAAGAAAAACGUUGUCUUUUUCCACGUAUUUUGUGUUCUCAAUCUCUAGAGGAAAUGGGAAGGGUUUCGCCUUUAUUAUGAUUCCCAAUAUUGGGUUACCAUUGAAUGUUUUUAAAGGUGGCUUUAUUGGGUUGUUCAAAACAAGAAAAUAUAGGUUUCUUGGUGUUGAAUUUGAUACUUUAAGAAACCACCUUGGGAUUGAUAUUAGUCUUGUGUCUGUUAAAGUGGGCAAUGUUUCAUCAAUCAAUUUGGUGCUAAAUAGCGGUGAAAGAUUGCAAUGUUGGAUUGAUUACGAAGCAAGUUCUAAAAGAUUAGAGGUGAGGUUGAGUAAAUUAGGCGACAUUAGGCCGGUGGAUCCAUUGCUUUCGUAUGGUAUAAACUUGUCACGAAUGUGGAAAGAGGAGAAGUUUCUAGUUGGGAUGAGUUCAUUGGGUGCAAAUUCGUCGCAGAAGUGCAAUGUGUAUUCGUGGAGUUUUAGGACAAGAAGUUUUCCACAAUGGAUGCAUUCUGAACCGUUAAAUCCUGAGGCAUUUAGGGAGAAACAAGAAGUGGUGAAUGUUCAUAAGAGAUCAAGUGAUUGUGGUUUUAAAAUCCUAGCUGCAUUGAUAUGUGGUACUGGAUGUGGAGCAUUAGGGGCCUUCAUCGUGUUCUUUUCCUGGAAUAUCUUUGGAAAUAGACGACCCGUGGUUCCACAGGAAUUUGCUAUGCAACCUAAGGAGUUGGAGUGCACAAGGUCGAAUGUUGCAGCAGAUACCACCAUCAAAGAUUGUCACAAGUAGGUUUUGGGUUAAAAUUUUGGGGGUGUUUUCCUUCUGUAAAUCUAUCUAAUAUUGUACUUGUGUCUUUUGAUUUUAGUGUGCUUAUGUAAUUUAAGAGCAAUGCUACACAGACGGUGAAAAACAGGGUAAAAAACAGGCUGCACAUGUGUCAUGCAUGAUUUAAAAAAAAAAAAACUGCCAACAAGCGGCUAACAAUUCAGUCUGUUUUUCCCCCUAUUUUUCUCCUUGUCUGUUUAACAUUCUUCGUAAUUUAAUGAUCAUUCAUCCAAUGUAGUUUUGCUACAUUAGAAUUCAGCUUCUACCGGAGUAAUAAUCUUUUUACUUUCC